GUGUCCGUGCCAUGUGGACCAAGUUGCUGUCAACAAGACUGUCUGUUGCGGGGAACUGACACGUUUGUUCUUCUUCCGGUGUGUGGGGGGGGGGGGGGGGCGUCUGUAAACACGCUGCGGCCGACGAUGAAUCUGUUACCCCGCACAGCCGAAGAGUUCAGCUCCGCGGAGUACUGGGAGAGGUUUUUUAAGAAGCGCGGAGAGAAGGCUUUCGAGUGGUACGGAGACUACAACAAGCUCUGCGGCGUGCUGCACAAAUACAUCAAGGUCCAAGAUAAGGUGCUGGUGGUCGGCUGCGGCAACUCUGAGCUGAGCGAGCAGAUGUACGACGUCGGCUACAAACGCCUGACCAACAUUGACAUCAGCGAGACGGUGGUGACCCAUAUGAACCAGAGGAACGCCGAGCGCCGGCCGGGCCUCACCUUCCAGCAGGUGGACGCUACUCAGACGCCCUACGAGGAGGCCAGCUACCAGGCCGCUCUGGACAAGGGCACGCUGGACGCCGUGGCAUCGGAGGAAGAGGGAGCCCUGGCCAGGAGCAUGCUCACUGAGGUGGGCCGCGUGCUCGGCGUCGGCGGGCGCUACGUCUGCGUGACGCUGGCGCAGGAGAGCGUGGUCAAGUUGGCCGUGGAGCACUUCGUCCAGCUGGGGUGGGCUGUGAGGCUCCACUGCCUGCAGGAGGAAACCGGGAACGAAGAGGACUCCUUCGCUCUGCCCGUCUUCGUGCUGGUCUGCACCAAGUUCCGUCAGCCGAUGCCCGCGCCCAUCCUGGAGAUGUGUCUCGGGGAAGACGGGGCCCCGGCGCGUCUGGCGCGCGUGGCGGACUUGCUGUCGGCCGUGCGGGAGCGGCAGGCUUACGCCGUGUUGAAAAAGAGGCUCCGCACGAGCACGGACGCCGGCUCCAACCUCUCCCUCAGCCUCUGCCACGCCAAGACCGGCCUCCCCCGAUACACUCUCACGGUGCAGGAUUGUCCGCCGGGGGCCAAGGUGCCCAGGUCCAACCAGUUUGCUAUUUUUAUUGUGCCGCAGGGCAGCGAGACCGCCUGGCUCUACAGCUCCGCCGAGGGGCGGCGGCAGCUGGCGGCCAGCGCUAACUUCCGCCGCCUGGUCGUCGCGGCAAUGCACCGGAACCAGGAGUACACGGACAUGCAGGCCGUCCAGUCGGAGCUCUCGCCGAUGGUGAUGGACCUGGCUCCACCGGGCAUGCCGGCCAACCAGCAGGUGCCGUUCCUGUCGGUCGGAGGGGACCUGGGCUGGCGUGAGGAGGAGCAGGGGCUGAGCGAGCUGAGCGGGGAGUACUGCGUGGAGAACGUCAAGGGAGAAGACGGGGAGCUGUACCGGAGACUCGUUUUCCUCUCCAAUGCUGCUCUUGUCCAAUCGGAGAGCCGCCUCGUCCCGUCGGGUAGCGCAUCGAGUCACAAGAAGAGAAACAAAAAGAAGGCGAAGCCGACCGCGUCCUGCGCCUCGCUGUCGGUGGACAGCGGCUUCCUCUGCUGCGCCCACCAUGAAGUCAUGGUGGCCGGCCUCGCCGCGCUCGGGUCGGCACGCCAGAGAACAAAGGUCGACGUCCCGCUGUCGGUGCUCCUGGUGGGGCUCGGUGGGGGAGGCCUGCCCCAGUUUCUACGGGACUUUGUGCCCGACGCCACCGUCGAGGUGGUGGAGCUAGACCCCGUCGUGAUGCAAGUGGCGAAGGAGUGGUUCGGCUUCCGACCGGACGAGCGCUUGACCGUCACCCUCGGAGACGGCCUCGAGCGCAUCUGCGCCCUGGAGAAAGGAGGCGAUCGCUUGUUCGACGUGGUCAUGUUCGACGUGGACAACAAAGACAGCACUGUGGGUAUGAGCUGCCCCCCUGCCGCCUUUGUGGAAGCCUCCAUCCUGCAGAAAGUCUGCAGACUGCUUACCCCCAGAGGUGUGUUCAUCCUGAACCUCGUGUGUCGCGACUCGGCCCUGAGGAAAAGCGUGCGGGAGCGCGUGAGCGCCGCGUUUCCCACAGUCCUCUCUCGGAAGGUCGAAGGGGAGGUCAACGAGGUGCUGCUGUGCUCUCGCGGAGCGGACGUGUCGUCGUCGGACGCCGCCGCCGCCGCGCUCACCCUCCCGUCCCUGAACCGGGCGGCCAAGAGUCUGCAGGGCGCGCUGCUGCGCUCCGGCGGGAAUGGAACCGGCAGCCGGCCGCACAUCGACGUGGCGGAGCUGUUGAAGGACCUCAGAGUGGAGUAAAGUUUGAGACGCUGAAAUAUGAGAGAGAGAGAGAGAGAGACAUUCACCACGUACAAUAUAAUAAAAAAGUAUUUUGAUGCAGUGUCAUAUAUAUAUAUAUAUAAACAAACACACAAGCAAAGGACUUUUUUUUUUUUAUUUUUUUUAAUCUGAAUGUGCUUCUACUAAAAAAGUGCUGUUGGAUAUUUUAACUUGCAUUAAAUGAACCCUUCGGU